AUGAUUGGUCAGGGCUCUAUAUCAGUCGCGCGCGGCUCUGAACUAGCAAAAGCUUUUAUGCAAGACGGGGCGACGGGCGUUGCCCUAAAACAACUGGCGCACAGUGGGAGACAGCGCGAUGUUUACAGGUGGCUUCAAGUUCCGCUGCCGGUUUACACGGCAGAGGUUCCCUUGGCUUCAAGCGAAGGCGAAGAUGGCACUGCUUUGAUUUCCAUGAUAUUGCCAUCUGAUGUGCUGUGUCACUUGGCCUCCUGCUCCGACGAAACCUUCGAACGCUCCAUUGCCCAAGGUGGGCGGGCUGCUAUGAAAGCGUUUUGGGAGCUGCCGUUUUUGAGGGGCCACAACCAGCAAAUUGGGCUGGCUUCAAGCCAAUUUGAGAACACAUGCCCAAUGGUCUUUCAUGAGGAUGCUGUGCCUGCGCUUGGGGACACUGCAACUAUUUGGUCGUGGUCAUCAGCAAUUGCCCCUUUUGGAAAUCCGUGGGACACCCGGCAUGCUUUGGCAGUUUUGCCAACCGCUCGCAUAACUGAUGCCACUAGGGACGCCAUAGUGGAGAUUAUUGCUUGGGAUAUGCGCACUUUGGAGCAGCUUGUCUGGCCAGGUCAAAACCACAAGGGCGAGUUUUGGCAACCAAAGUCAAAGCGCGCCGCGCGGGCUGGUUUACAGUUGCAAAUGGGCGGUCGCUUUUGCUUCUGGAAGGGGGACAUGGAGGCGCACUGGAAAAGCCAUCGCGCAGUUCGGUAUUAUAGGUGCAACAACUUGUGCGAGUGGUGCAUGGCUAGCAAAAAAUCACCCGAGUUCGACUUUGCAAGCACAACGCUUGCUGCUCUUUGGAGAGAAACAUGUGGCCCUGACAGCUCUCCUGACCAUAGCCCAUGGCGCGCUGUGCGUGGAUGUGUGAAAAGCAACCGCCUCAUCGACUCCUUGCAUGUCUAUCAUUUGGGAGUUUUGCAAGAUUUGAUCGCUUCCUGUUUGGUGGACACGCUCGAACGCGGAGAGUUGCAACAGUACUUCAACUGCGACGCGUUUGACUGGGACGCAACCUUGCUACAGUUUACGGUCUGCGGAAAAAAGUGGGCAUUAGAGAGGAACCUCGACAUGCACGUUGGCAAGAUUACACUGACGCGCUUGGGGCGGAGUGAGCGAUCUGAGAUUCACAUGUAUCCUCAGCUGGACACUAGAAUCAAAGCCGCGCGGUGUAAGGCGGUGCUUCAUUACCUGGCCGCUGUCACACAUGAGCUUGCUAACAAUUCGGCGUCGGAGUGGGCGAAAGUGCGCGCGCUGGCGUGCUGGGCUUUUUCUACAUGCCUACAGUUGUGGAGCUCAGCUUGCCGCGACCCACCGUGCUGCCGCAGCCCGACGAGUCCGUGUGGAUUGGGCGACUUGCUUCUGCGUGCUACGAGUGGCUUGCAAAACAUGCCCUUCUGGACGGGCGCUGUCUAUUUCGCGUAA